CUCCUCCCUCCUCCCUCCUCCCUCCUCCUGGAUCGUCCUCAACCUCACUCUCUACUCUCUCCUCUCCACAAAGAAUAAAUUACAUAUUUCCAUUCCUUACAUAAUAAUUCUAUCCUUUGCAAUUCCUCUCUUAUCCACACCUAUAAUACAAUAUAUACACAUACACACACCACUGGACCUUGUACCACCACAGCCAUUACCACCACCACCACUUGGUAUCCCAUAAAACUCGUUUCUUUUUGUUUCUGAAAGCUGAGAACACAACAUUUUCAUCCAAUUUAUAUUUAUAUAUAUAUACACACACACAGUAGCUGCAGCAGCAGUAGUGGUGCGGAGCUAGUCGUAUAUAUACAAAACGACAUGUCGUCUAUCGCGAAGGAGCCGGAGCAAGUGAUGAAGCUGAGGGGAGGAUCAGUGCUCGGGAAGAAGACGAUUCUGAAGAGCGACCACUUUCCUGGCUGCCAGAACAAACGAUUGUCUCCUCAAAUCGAUGGCGCUCCCAACUACCGUCACGCCGAAUCUUUACAUGUUCAUGGCGUUGCAAUUCCUACCAUGGAUGGGAUCCGGAAUGUUCUCAACCACAUUCAUGGAAAGGAGGCUCAAGUUCUUUGGAUGAACCUUCGCGAGGAGCCGGUAGUGUACAUUAACGGACGCCCUUUUGUAUUGCGUGAUGUGGAAAGGCCUUUCUCAAACCUGGAAUAUACGGGAAUCAAUAGGGAUAGGGUUGAACAAAUGGAGGCUCGACUGAAAGAAGACAUCCUCAUGGAAGCUGCGAGGUAUGGAAACAAGAUCCUUGUCACCGAUGAAUUGCCAGAUGGCCAGAUGGUGGACCAAUGGGAACCGGUGUCUCGUGAUUUUGUGAAGACACCACUAGAGGUGUACAAGGAAUUACAAGUAGAAAGAUACCUUGUUGACUAUGAGCGUGUUCCUAUAACUGAUGAAAAAUCACCCAAGGAGUUGGAUUUUGAUAUUUUGGUUCAUAAAAUUUCUCAAGCUGAUAUAAAUACAAAUAUUAUAUUUAACUGUCAAAUGGGACGUGGGCGGACUACAACUGGGAUGGUGAUUGCAACUUUAGUUUAUCUCAACAGAAUAGGAUCAUCUGGUAUUCCAAGAUCCAAUUCAAUCGGAAGAGUUUCAGAUGCUGCUGCUAUUGCCACUGACAACUUUCCAAACACAGAAGAAGCACUUCGUAGAGGAGAAUAUGGCGUCAUAAGAAGCCUGGUUCGGGUAUUAGAGGGUGGCCUUGAAGGCAAAAGGCAAGUAGAUAAAGUCAUCGACAAGUGUGCCUCCAUGCAGAACUUACGUGAGGCAAUUGCCACUUAUCGCAAUAGCAUUUUACGUCAACCAGAUGAAAUGAAAAGGGAGGCGUUGCUUUCAUUUUUUGUGGAGUAUCUUGAGAGAUACUACUUUCUUAUAUGCUUUGCUGUCUACAUUCAUUCAGAGAAAUCAGCCCUUCAAUCUAAAUCUGUUGGUAAUAGCAGUUUUGCUGACUGGAUGAGAGCGAGACCAGAACUCUAUAGCAUUCUUCGCAGACUGCUUAGGAGAGAUCCAAUGGGUGCACUUGGCUAUGCAAGUUUGAAGCCAUCACUCAUGAAGAUUGCUGAAUCUACUGAUGGUCGUCCUUCUGAGAUGGGUAUAGUUGCUGCAUCAAGAAAUGGUGAGGUUUUAGGCAGCCAAACUGUUCUGAAAAGUGAUCACUGCCCAGGUUGUCAAAACCAAAACUUACCUGAAAGAGUGGAGGGUGCCCCUAAUUUUCGGGAAGUUCCUGGUUUUCCAGUUUAUGGAGUGGCAAAUCCAACUAUUGAUGGAAUACGAUCUGUGAUACAAAGAAUUGGUGGCUCAAAAAGUGGUCGUCCAGUUCUUUGGCACAAUAUGAGAGAGGAACCUGUUAUUUACAUAAAUGGAAAACCAUUUGUGCUCCGCGAGGUUGAAAGACCAUACAAAAACAUGCUUGAAUACUCGGGCAUUGAUCGUGAAAGAGUGGAAAGAAUGGAAGCUCGACUGAAAGAAGAUAUCCUGAGAGAAGCUGAACGUUAUGGAGGUGCCAUAAUGGUUAUUCAUGAAACAAAUGAUGGGCAAAUAUUUGAUGCUUGGGAACAUAUAAAUUUUGAUGCUAUUCAGACUCCGCUUGAGGUUUUUAAAUGCUUAGAGGCUGAUGGUUUUCCUAUUAAAUAUGCACGUGUACCUAUAACUGAUGGUAAAGCUCCAAAAAGUUCAGACUUUGACAUGUUGGCAAUGAAUAUUGCUUCAUCUUCCAAGGAUACUGCUUUUGUUUUCAAUUGCCAGAUGGGCAGAGGAAGGACAACCACUGGCACUGUAAUAGCUUGUCUUUUGAAACUUCGAAUUGAUCAUGGUAGGCCUAUUAAAAUCUUGCUUGAUACUAUGACCCAUGAAGAGGUGGAUGGUGGAACCUCCAGUGGUGAAGAGACCGGAGAAAAUGUUGUUCCAUCAACCUCCAGUGUUGCAAAAGUAAGAAUUGAAAAAGAGAAGGGUCGAAGUUUUGGCAUAAAUGAUAUCUUAUUGUUGUGGAAAAUAACAAGAUUAUUUGAUAAUGGGGUGGAAUGCCGGGAAGCCUUGGAUGCUAUUAUAGAUAGAUGUUCGGCUUUGCAGAAUAUACGCCAAGCUGUUCUUCAGUACAGAAAAGUAUUCAAUCAACAGCAUGUUGAACCAAGGGUAAGGAGGGUAGCACUAAACCGUGGUGCUGAGUACUUGGAACGGUACUUCCGAUUAAUUACUUUUGCAGCAUACUUGGGCAGUGAAGCAUUUGAUGGAUUUUGUGGACAAGGGGAAUCCGUGAUGACAUUUAAGGAGUGGUUGCAUCAAAGAUCAGAGGUUCAAGCAAUGAAAUGGAGCAUAAGAUUAAGGCCUGGAAGAUUUUUCACAGUUCCUGAGGAACUGAGAGCACCGUAUGAGUCUCAAAAUGGUGAUGCAGUUAUGGAGGCAAUUGUAAAGACGCGUAACGGUUCGGUUUUGGGGAAAGGCUCUAUACUUAAAAUGUAUUUCUUUCCUGGUCAGAGAACUUCUAGCAACAUACAAAUUCAUGGUGCACCACAUGUUUACAAGGUGGAUGGAUACCCUGUGUAUAGUAUGGCAACUCCAACAAUUGCUGGUGCCAAAGAAAUGCUAACUUAUCUUGGUGCUAAGCCCAAAGUAAAAGGAUCCACUGCGGACAAAGUGAUAUUGACUGAUUUGAGAGAAGAGGCAGUUGUUUACAUUAAUGGGACACCCUUUGUACUCAGGGAGCUUAAUAAACCCGUUGAUACACUAAAGCACGUGGGAAUAACUGGCUCUGUGGUGGAACACAUGGAAGAACGACUAAAAGAAGACAUAUUGUCUGAAGUUAGAUUGUCAGGUGGUCGGAUACUUUUGCAUCGUGAAGAAUAUAACCCAACAUUGAAUCAAUCCAGCGUCAUAGGAUAUUGGGAAAACAUCUUUGCAGAUGAUGUGAAGACUCCUGCUGAAGUAUAUGCUUCUUUGAAGGAAGAUGGUUAUAAUAUUACGUAUAGGAGAAUCCCAUUAACAAGAGAGAGGGAGGCAUUAUCGUCUGAUGUAGAUGCAAUCCAGAAUUGUAUAGAUGACUCUGCAGGGUGUUACCUUUUUGUAUCGCACACAGGCUUUGGAGGAGUGGCAUAUGCCAUGGCAAUUAUUUGUAUUAGACUUGGUGCACAGGCAAGCCUUUCUUCAAAAGUUCAGACAUCCUUGGUUAGUAGUAUGCACCAAUUAAACACUGCUGAAGAGGAGUUGCCUUGUCGGGCUUCUAAUGAAGAAACUCUCAGAAUGGGUGAUUACCGUGAUAUAUUAAGCCUUACAAGAGUUCUGGUGUAUGGUCCAGAAAGCAAAGUAGAUGCUGACCUUGUGAUUGAAAGGUGUGCAGGUGCUGGACACUUGAGAGAUGAUAUCUUUUACUAUAGCAAGGAACUGGAGAAGUUUCCAGACGUGGAAGAUGAGCAGGGAGCCCACUUAAUGGACAUGGGCAUCAAGGCUUUAAGGCGCUAUUUCUUCCUGGUGACAUUUAGGUCCUACCUCUAUUGCACUAAGGGAGCCGAUAUGACAUUCACCUCAUGGAUGGAUGCAAGGCCUGAACUCGGACAUAUGUGUACUAACCUAAGAAUCGACAAGUGAAUUUUUUUCUUUCUUUCUUUUAUAAAAUAUGUACAGCUCAAAUCCCAUUAAUAGCCACCAUUUGUAACCAGCCUCUAGUGAGCCAUGCAUUUGUUUUCUUUUUAAUCCCACGCCUCUUUCUUUUCUUUAAACUUCAUCCAAAAUCAUCUCACAAGCAAAGCAAAACAAAACAAAACAUGGAACAUAUAUAGCAAUCCAAUUCUAUCUCUUUUGUGUUCUCAUCUGGCGUGCAUUUUUGCAUCUUGCUCGGAUGAAACUUGCCUCUUUCAAAGACUAGUUCCUUUAUUUUUUAUUUUUUUCUCAAAACUGUCGUCAUUGUUUGUGUGCUUCCCAUUCUCUUCUUUAUGAUCGUUUGAAAUAUUGUAAGUAAUGUAUUUAUAAGAUUUAGGUUUUUUUUGGCUACUAUAUAUAUAUAUGUUGUAAUUUUCAGGAAUAGGUUUGUAUAAAUUAAACGUUUUUAAAGGUAUGUUUAUAGAAGAAGUUUUUUCCA